AUGACAGUGCUUUCUCCAUGCACAGCCUCUUGCGAAAGGUCAUUUUCUGCAAUGAACAGAAUUAAGACCAGUUUAAAGACAACUAUGCAGCAAGGAACUCUUCAGGAUCUCAUGACUGUCAGUUCAUCAUCUGAAGAUAUCAAAUCCUUUGACCCAAAGCCAUCCAUCAGCAACUGGUUUCUCAGCAGUAAAAGGAAAAGGCACUUUGUUUCGGCAUCUUGCAGUGGACAUUCAAGCAUUGCAAAGGGGAAAAAUGACAGUGCUAGUGGAGCAACAAAAAUUGUAGUAGAAGGAGAGGAAGAGGAAGAAGAAAUUCUACCGCCACUUCCCGAACUGCCUGAAUAA